UAAUAAAAAACAGGUGUUUUUCUAUUCAGACAAAGGGAAGAUAGGAAGACACUACUUAAAAUUGGCGACUUCACCAAAAACGCUUAAACGACUUAUAAAUUCGCGCCCAUGACUUUGUGUAAUCAAUUUUUGUGCACUAACACAUCGCUUUCGGAUAAGUUUGAUCAAUAAAGAAAACGUUUAAAUUAGUUUUUGUUCUCUAAUAAAUUGUUUGUGGUCAUUGCCAGUUCCAAUAUAGACACACAAUUUUUUGUGUUUAACUUUGCUUCGAGGAACUUUACUAGAUGUCGUGGCAGCGAAUUAACAGCUUCCGUUUUAGUUUACUGUACUCAGAGCGAUAACAAUGUUGUAGAGGCAAGAUCGCUGAUAGUUACUGAAUUGGCUAGUUUUUAUGCACACUUAUCGCCAUCGUAAAGCUAUUAAUAUGUACGAUAUUCCAUUAGGAGUCUUGGCUGCACAAAAGCUAAGCUCAUUGUGCUGUCCCCGCCUGCAAUUGCGCAAGGAUAUUAUCUUCAAAGGAUCUAUCAUUAUCCUUACAUAUCUGGCAUAUGCUGCUUAUCAUAUGUCCAGAAAACCAAUAUCCGUUGUCAAAUCAGUAUUACAUGAGAACUGCACAAAUCCCAGCAACACCUCUGACAAUGACUGUGGCUAUCCACCUUUUGAUGUGCCCGAUGCGUCCACAUUGUUUGGCACACUUGAUUCGGCAUUUCUUGUCACCUAUGCCAUUUCCAUGUUUGUGUCCGGCAUUGUUGCCGAACGGGUUUCACUGCGCUACUAUCUGAGCUUGGGCAUGCUAUUUUCUGGACUCUUCACACUACUUUUUGGCGCAGCCAAAUCUUGGAACAUACAUAGUAUGUGGUACUUUGUUAUUGUUCAGGUAUUGGGUGGCAUUGUACAAACAACUGGCUGGCCAGGUGUAGUCACAUUGAUGGCUCGUUGGUUUGGCAGAUCGAAGCGUGGUCUCAUAUUUGGCAUUUGGAAUAGUCACACUUCGGUGGGCAACAUACUUGGCACUUUGAUAGCCGCCCAUUUUGUGGAGAGCAAUUGGAUGCUAUCGUUUGCCGUGCCCGGCGCCAUAAUGUCCGGUUUGGGAUUUGUGAUGUUUUUAUUUAUUGUCGAUGAUCCAGAAAUUGUUGGUUUGGCUUCCACACGUCCUCAUUUACCGGUGCAUCAUAGCAGUGGCCAUGAAGAUGAAGAACGUGGAUCGGGUGUGGCAAAUUAUGAUGCGAACAUUGGCAUUCAUGGCUAUGAAGACGAUUAUACAGAGAUAAAUCAUCGUGCAUCUGAGCGUACCCCAAUGUUGACACGCAGCAGAUCACAAACAAAUACACGAAGCGAACGCAAUGCAGUUGGCUUACUGCAGGCGCUAGCUAUUCCCGGCGUUGUGGAGUUCUCAUUGUGUUUGUUCUUUGCCAAGCUCGUCAGUUACACAUUCCUCUAUUGGCUGCCACUCUAUAUACAGUCUUCCACUACCUUAAGUCCCAGCGUUGCUGCAGAUGUCUCCACGCUGUUCGAUAUUGGUGGCAUUUUUGGUGCAAUCGCAGCGGGAACUGUAUCCGAUUAUACAGGAAUGCCAGCUACAACUUGCCUUGUUUUGUUAGUUUGUGCCGCGCCACUGAUGUUUUUGUAUGUGCAUUUUGGUGGCAUAUCUUUAGUCGUCAACUAUAUUUUACUUUUGCUGGCUGGUUUUAUGGUAAAUGGGCCAUAUGCGCUCAUUACAACUUUUGUUAGUGCCGAGUUAGGACAACAUCAAUCUUUGUCGCACAAUGCUAAAGCUCUCGCCACAGUGACGGCGAUUAUCGAUGGUACUGGAUCAAUAGGUGCGGCCGUUGGUCCAUUUAUUGCCGGUUUGGUGUCACAGAGCGGCUGGGAGAACGUUUUCAAUAUGCUUAUUUGCGCUGAUAUAUUGGCUAUGAUUAUAGUAUCGCGCCAAGUGGUUAAAGAAUUAAUUAGGGGUCGCGGUGUGCGCCGUACACGUAUAGAGUAGAACUUUGUCAACAUAGGCAUAAUUUAAUAUUCUAUAUAUGUACAUUUAUAUGUAUUUUACAAGUAACGAUACCGUCUUCAUAUGGCUCACAUUUUAUUUUACUGAAAUGACUACAACUACAAAGUAUAAUUAUGUAUGACGAACUAAACUAUGCUGUUGUGUCUUGCAUUUUUAAGGAUUUACGUUAAUGUGCUAAUAUAUUAUAAUUGAAUUCUGUUUAUAUGUUUUAAUGGCAGUUUUGUGAAAACAUGUAACUGCUAUAUGUAUAAUAUUAGUUAUAAAGAUUCCAUAAUGUUUUAAAUGUAAAUAUAGCAUAAUAAAAUGAUAAUCUAUGUUUUAUCAUCUGCUACCUAAAUUAGAAUUCCAAUAUAUGAAAUUCUAAGCUUAAAAGCAUUUACCGUAAAAGGUGACAGAAAAAUUGAGGGCUCUCUGUUUGAAUAAGACGCACAGAAUUUAUCACCACAGCAAAUAUGAUGCAUGCAAUAUUUUAAGCACUUAAACAAGUCUCUACGUUUCAAUACUGUAUAUUAAAUAAUAAAGACUGCUGGACCUUUUAGAAUUUUAAAUAAAUUUCUUUUGUUCCUAU